GAGAAGAGUUGAAUCAAUAUAAGGUCCUCAGUUAUUAAUAGUCAACAAACAAUUUGUAGAAUUCUUAGGCUAACGUCUCGCAUUUGAUUCAUGGUGGCUAUGAGUUGGUUAACAUAACAUAAUGACGAGAUGGAUUUUCUUCUCCAUUAUCAUCCUGGUUAUAUUUGUUGCAAGCUCUUUCAUUCUGGAAAUUGACCUUUCCAAAAUCACAAGCACAGCUAUCCUCAAGACAAUUGUAGUGUUCAAUAAGCAACAACCCCAAUUCCCACUGUACUGCCUCAAUGGAACCUCAGCACCAACCUGUCCAGCAUACUACCCUGAAAAAAUUGAGCUUUAUGAUGAUUCAUCAGCUGCAUCAUGUCCAGAGUACUUCAGAUGGAUCCAUGAAGAUCUUAAACCAUGGGAGAGUGCAGGAAUCACAAGGGACAUGGUGGAAAGAGCCAAAAACAUCUCACAUUUCAGGCUUGUGGUUGUGAAUGGAAAAGCUUAUGUGGAAAAGUAUUCCAAAUCCUUUCAGACAAGGGAUGUGUUCACAAUAUGGGGGAUUUUGCAGCUUCUAAGGCUAUACCCAGGAAAGAUACCAGAUUUGGAGCUAAUGUUUUCAUGUGGAGAUAAGACUGUGGUGCAAAAGAAAGCUUUUCAAGGACCACAAGCCUUGUCACCUCCACCUGUGUUCCAUUACUGUGGAGAGGAAAAUUCAUAUGACAUUGUAUUCCCUGAUUGGACCUUCUGGGGUUGGGCUGAGCUCCACAUAAGACCAUGGGAAACAACAUUGCAGAAUAUACAAAAAGGGAACAAUAAGGCCAAAUGGAAGGAUAGGAUACCCUAUGCUUUUUGGAAGGGCAACCCAGCAGUGUCUCCUAUCAGGAAAGUACUCAGCCAGUGUAACGCCUCAGACGAACAUGAUUGGAAUGCCCGGAUAUAUGGCGUGCAAUGGCAACAGGAGAAAGCUAACCAAUUUCAGGACACGAAACUAGAAGAUCAAUGUGACUACAGGUACAAGAUUUAUGCAGAAGGGGCCACAUGGUCUGUGAGUGAAAAGUACAUAAUAGCAUGUGACUCCAUGACUAUGUUCAUAGAGCCUAGGUUUUAUGACUUCUUUACAAGAAGCAUGGUACCCUUAUUGCACUACUGGCCUGUCAGCGCCAAAAACAUGUGUGAAGAGAUUAAGUUUGCUGUGGAUUGGGGCAAUGCUCACCUUGACAGUGCAGAGGCUAUUGGCAAAGGAGGAACUGACUACAUCAUUGAGAAUUUAAAGAUGAAGUUUGUGUAUGAUUACAUGUUUCACCUGCUAAAUAACUAUGCAAAGCUCUUGAAAUUCAAACCAACAAUACCUGCAGAAGCUGUUGAGGUUUGUUCUGAAAGUAUGGCCUGUUCCCUGCGCGGGGCAAGGAAGCAUUUUAUGGUGGAGUCUAUGGUGAAUUCACCAAGUGAUACACCUCCAUGUACAGUGCCUCCUCCCUAUACAGCUGAAAAACUCCAUGAGGUUCUACAGGAAAAAGAGAAUCGAAUCCAGCAAGUGAAGACGAGGACUGUGAAUAAAGAGCAAUAAAGGCCUGUGUUGUUGUCUAUAUGUAGAUGUAGUUCACACACACACAUACACACCUCUCUUUCUCGAGCAAGAGGGAUCUGCAACACUCUUCAUGCAUGUCAUGCCAAUAAUUAGUUGUAGUGUAACAUUAAAUUAAGCAUAUGAAAAUGUAAAUAAAAAUUCUUGAUCUGAAGAGCAUUUUUUGUUAGUGAAGGAUUUUUAUUUACAUCUUGUAA